AUGAAUGAAUCUCCUGAUGUUGUCUCCAGCCUGAGGAGAACCGAGAGGGUGGUGGAGUCCCAGGAGCUGGCCAGAGGCAACGCAUCCGAGAUCUCAGGGCCGAUCAUCCUGGACACCUACAGGGUCAUCGCUGACUUCACCAAGACCUCCAAACACGAGAUAGACCUGCACACCGGGGACCUGGUGGAGAUCGUGGAGAAGAACCAGAACGGCUGGUGGUUCUGCCAGGGGGAGUCCAAGCGCGGCUGGGUUCCUGCCACGUACCUGGAGCCUCUGGACGGGCCCGACGAGGCCGAGGACGCCGAGCCGAACUACGAAGGCGAGCUGCACGUGGUGGUCCGAGCGUACAAGGCGGAGCAGGACGACGAGAUCUCUCUGGACCUCGGGGAGACCAUCGAGGUCAUUCACAAGCUGCUGGACGGCUGGUGGGUGGUCAGGAAGGGAGAGGAGACCGGCCACUUCCCCUCCAUGUUCCUGCAGGCUGCCGGUAAGAGAGAGAGACUCGAGGCUCAGAGGACCACGCUGCACAAACCUCCACCACGCAGGUCCACCAUCCGAAACGCCAAGAGCAUCCACAACAAGUCGAGCCGGCGGCCGAGCCAGGACUCGUACCGGCGCGCCAGCCGGCGCUACCUGCAGCAGAAGGGCGGCCGCCUGGCCGAGCCCGCCGGCAACACCAAGUCGCCGCUACGGGAGAGGAAGAACCACGAGAACAUCCCCGAGCAGUCUGGCUCCAGCUCGGAGAGCGAGGCGAGGAAGGAGACUCCGGUCGUCCCACCGCGGCCGAGCGCCGAGUUAAUCCUGGAGCGCUGCAGUGACAACACGCGCCAGAGAGUCAGCAUCCACCGGGCACGCUCCGGCUCCGGCAAAGACUCCGGCACGCCAGACAGCACGCCAGCUAGCACGCCGGCUAGCACGCCAGCUAGCACACCAGCUGCGCACACGCUGGAAAACACAGAAUGAGGCCGCCAUCACACUCUGCGUCUUUUAGACAAGAGAAAGGUGUUUUGGUUCCAAAAAGCAGCCGAGAUCGUCUUUUGUUGCUAUAACAACAGCUGCAGUCUCCUUAGAGCGCUAUGUGGAGCUAAUGCUAACGUUAGCUAAAACGAAGAGAUGGAGUGAUGGGAAACAGAUUCGCUUUAUCAAAGUUUUUGUCAUUUUAUUCCUUUUUUCUCUUCUUUUAUUUUUUUACUUUUUCCUCUUCUUUUAUUUUUUUGACUUUUUCUCUUCUUUUAGU